UUCGCCUAUAAUGACAUGCAUGAAAACGUAGGUAGUAUGUCUGACAAAACUAGUUAUUAACUACUGUCUCUAAUAUCUAUUAUAUGUAUAUUUAUUAAGUUACUUCUUUUUUUUCUAAACUACGCACGAUUACGAAGACAUACGAUAUAUCGAAAUUUGAAUAAACGUAUGAACGUAUAAUACGUUCAAUUAAUCGCGCGUUUUAUUUUGUUUUCUUUUCUCUCGUCGAUUUCUUUACACCUUUGUAGAAAAAAUUAAAUCUGUGAUGGAGUAUACUGGAAAAUAUAACAGAAUGUCGCAAGAAGAAGAAGAAGAAGAAGGAGAAGGAGAAGAUGAAAUGGAGCUGGAAGAUCAAGAAGAUGAAGAAGAAGGAGAUGAUCAAAUAGAACAAGAAGAUCAAAACGAUGAAGAAAAAGAAAAAGGAUUAAAAAGAAAAGAGAAUGAAAAGAAGAGGAAGAAAAGAAAGGACAAUAUGUCAUCGAAGAAAAAACUUUACAAAUGUAAAUAUGCCGUAGAAAAUUCCAGUAGAUUUUCUUUACGUGUUAUGGAAGCGAUGCGUUCUCUGGAAAGAUACGAAAACGUUCUGCCGAUAUCGUCCGUGCAAGAAAUCGUCGAUUACAUAGCGAAUAAUUAUAACAACGACGGAGAUCUCUAUGCCCAGGUUCGAACUGCCUUAAAACAACUUUGCGCUGAUGGAUUCGUUAUUGAAGUAUUGAACGAUGAAUAUCAGUUGAUAGGUCCCUUUCGUACCACAGACACGUUACAAAGUUGCAGCUGUCAGACAGAUAACGCAAAGAUAUAUCUCAGUACACCAAAAUAUUCUAAAUUGAAAAAAACAUUUAGUACAAAAGGUAAAGAGAAAUCGCAUUGUCGUUGUAAGAAAUUAAAUGAAAAUACAAAAUUAGAAAGAGACAAUAGAAAAGAAAGGAAAGAAAAUAUUUCAUCUUCUUCACGAAUGAAUUAUUAUUUAAAUGAUAUGAUACGUCCAACGCCUAAGUGUAAAUUAUUCAAAUCAAAGAUAAGAGAAGAUAAUUCAUGUAAAUAUCCUGAAAUAGAAAAAACGCUGAAACAAAAAGGGAACAAUCCUAAAAGAUUCAUUUCUUACGAGGAUCAACAUGAAAAAUCUAUUCGUAAAAUUCAAGAAGAUUCUGCUGAUAUUGGAUCUUCUCUUCGCGAACCAGCACCUAAACGUAUGCGUCAAAUAGACGACGACAUUAUUACAUUUCGAAAUUUACAGAAAUAUCAAGACAUUAGCAUUGCACCGAAUAAUCAAUUAAAUGAUCGUUCUCACGAUAAUGUAUUUCAAGAAAUAAAAAGAUCGAUCCCUGAAACAUCUAAAUCUCAUCAGAUAGAAUUAAAAAAAUGGAUACAACGAUGCCGUCACGAAUGCAAAAAACAAAAUAAACGAUAGUAAUUAAUAAAACAUUCUAUUACAUUUCCGAUUAACGUACUUCUAUUUUUUAAUUAAAUCAAAUAAAAUUUUUAACUAUUUUCUAAA